GCAAUAUGGCCAAGAAAGGCGGCAACGUGGGUCCCAAGAAGGGCCCGCCGCAAGGUUCCAAGAAGGGUCCGCCGCAAGGUUCCAAGAAGGGCGGCGCACCGCCCAGCGGCGGCGGCAAGCGGAAUGCGCGCCAGGCCAUGAAGAAGCGGCCGGCUGUCAAGGCCGCGGCAGCGGCGGCGCCCGUGGUUCUGACCAAGCGCAUCGACAACGCGGCGUCGACCAUCUUUCACCAAGCCAACCUCUCGAACCCCAACCCCAAGAUCGUCGGUAACGUCGCAGACCGCCACGACGUUCUCGUUGUCGGCGACGGAGACCUCUCGUUCUCGCUCGCCCUUGCCACGAACCUGGGCGGUCAGAGAAUUGUGUAUGACAGCCAGGCCGAGCUCUUGAGCAAGUACCCGACGGCUUCGGCCAACAUUCGCGGGCUUCAAAUCACACAUGCCGAGAUCCACGUUGGUGUCGACGCGACUGCGCUCGAGAAGCAAGACUGGAUCCACACCAAGUCGUUUGACCGGAUUCUGUUCAACUUUCCGCACUUGGGCGGUGCGACCGAAGAAGACGUCCAGAUGAACCAGGACCUCUUGUUUCGCUUCUUUGUCUCGGCCCGCCCUUUCCUCAAGACGCCUCGUGGCGAGAUCCACGUCGCGUUGCGAAACACGCUCUUUUACAACCGCUGGAACAUUCAAGCGCAGGCCGAGCGUGCGGGCUACACGCUGAAACGGCUGGACGCGUUUGAUAUCGGCUUGUAUCCUGGGUACGAGGCGCAGCGCACGCACCCGGCGUCGUUCCGUGGCGAGCCGCCGUCGACCAAGGGCGCCUGGACGCACGUCUUUAGCGUUAACGAAGCGUGGGUCCCGCCUGUCGACGUUGACGACGAUGUCGUGCCCGAGGUUGUGGCGGCCAAGCCCAAGGUGGCGGCAAAGGUCGUGAAGAAGGAGAAGGCCCAAGUGUGGAAGUGCGAUCCGUGCAAGGCGACGUUCCAGUUGCAGACCAAGUACAACGCACACAUCAACUCGAGCAAGCACGCCAAGGUCGUCAAGGCGCUCAAGAAGCAGAAAAAAUAAAGAAAAUCCCAGGCGACGUCUCGUUUGGAC